AUGCCUUCGAUCGCUGGAAAGGAGAUCUCGUUGGAUGGCCUGGGUCUUAUGCGAAUCACCUGGCCGCGCCUCGUGGCACCCGAAGAACAGGUGCUGAAGACCCUCAAGACAGCACUCAACGCCGGCGCGAAUGUCUGGAACGCGGCGGACUUCUACGGCACGCCGGAGUACAACUCGCUGCAUCUCGUGAACCGCUAUUUCAGCGUGUACCCGGAAGAUGCGGAUAAGGUGGUCUUGAUGGUGAAGACCGGGAUUGUGGAUAUGACGACUAUGAAGUUGGAUUGCUCGCGUGCGGGUCUCCGGGGGUUGUUGGAGAAUGCGCUGCGCGUGCUGGAUGGGAAGAAGAGCAUUGAUGUGUUUGGGCCGGCGAGGAUUGAUCCGGACGUGCCGGUUGAGGAGAGUGUCAAGGCGCUGGAGGAGAUGAGGACCGAGGGUUCCAUCGGGGGGAUCCAGUUGAGUGAGGUCCGCGCGGAGACGAUCCGCAGGGCGGCGAGUGUGGCGAAGAUUGAUAUGGUGGAGGCAGAGGUCAAUCUUUGGUCGCAGGAGGUGUUUGAGAAUGGGGUUGCUGAGACGUGUGCGGAGCUGGGGAUCGUUCUGGUCGCCCAUACGCCGCUGGGGGCUGGGCUGUUGACGGGCAGUAUCCAGAGUGCGGAGGAUGUGCCGGGUCUAUUUAUCGAGCGAGGCUUCCCGCGGUUCUUGCCCGAGAAUAUUGCAAAGAAUGUCCAGUCGGCCCAGGAGAUCAAGAAAUUGGCCCAGGAGAAGGGGUGCACUGCGGCUCAGCUGGCUUUGUCGUGGGUGAAAUCGCACAAUGGGAGGCCGGGGAUGCCGGUGAUUGUUCCUGUGGUGGGUGCGCGGUCUGAGGAAAGGGUUUUGGAGAAUGUAAAGACCCAGAAGUUGAGCGAUGAUGAUUUCAAGAAGAUCGCAUCGAUCCUGGAAGAGUUCCCGGCUGUGGGAGAGCGAUUCCCAGCUCGCGUGUCCAAACUUAAUGAGUAUUAG